AUGGGCAACAAAAGCACCAAGAAAGGGACACCCCAACAACUUACACCUCAACAAAUAUCCAUGUUUACAGCCUCUACCAACUUCAAUGAGAAGCAAAUUCGCGAUUGGCACGCCGAAUUUAUUCGUGACUACCCAAACGGUAAACUCGACAAAAAGCAAUUUAUUAAAAUGUAUAGUCACUUAUAUCCAGGAAAAAAUGCAGAUGCAUUCUCCAAGCUUGCAUUUUCCAUGUUCGAUUCUAAUCAUGAUGGAACUAUUGACUUCUAUGAAUUCAUCCUUGCUAUAGCUGCUACAAGUCAAGGUGAUUUGACUGAUCGACUCGAAAUUGCAUUCGAUAUAUGUGAUAGUUCAGAUGAUAGGCAAAUCGACCGAAAAGAGUUGGCUGUUAUGAUUUCGGCCAUGUAUGACUUAUUGGGAGAAACUAAUCGAUCAGGAGAUUAUGAUCCUAAAAAGCGUGCUGUAGAAAUCAUUGGCAAACUUGAUGUCAAUGGAGAUAAAAAACUGAACAAGUACGAGUUCAUCGCUGGAUGCAAAAACGAUCCAAUCAUCCAUCGUCUUUUGUCACCCAAUAAUUGA